AGAGGCAUCAAAUAGCGAUUGAUAAAACACAUCUACCUUCGCCAAUAUGUCUGAACGAAAGGUCCUUACCAAAUAUUACCCCCCCGACUUUGAUCCGUCGCUCAUCACGCGAACUCCUAAACAUCUCCGCGCAACAGGAUCUAAGCUCCUAACCGUCCGCCUAAUGGCGCCGUUCAGUCUGAAGUGCACUAAUUGUGGUGAAUACAUAUACAAGGGUCGCAAAUUUAAUGCUCGGAAAGAAACCACUGACGAAAAGUACCUCAACAUCACAAUAUAUCGCUUUUAUAUCAGAUGCACUCGAUGCUCGAGUGAAAUCACCUUUAAGACCGAUCCAAAGAAUAUGGACUAUGUCUGCGAACGGGGAGCCAAGAGGAAUUUUGAGCCGUGGCGCCAGGCGAAGAAUGAGGAAGGGAGUGAGACACAUGAUGAAACCCUAGAUCGCCUUGAGCGCGAAGAAAACGAGGAAGUAGAACGAGUGGAGAGGGAUAAGAUGCUGGAGCUAGAGGAGAAAAUGCAAGAUUCCAAGCGUGAGAUGGCAGUAGCUGAUGCUCUGGAUGAAAUCCGGUCGAGGAACGCGAGAAUCGAGAGGGGAGAACGCGGAGGUGGGGAGGAACUGGCCUUGCAGAGGGCAAAAGCUGAGGCCGAAGAAGCUAAAGCUAGGGAAGAUAAAGAUAUCGAAGAGGCGGCUAGAAGGGCAUUUAUGACUGAUGAUGGUGAUCGAGUCAAACGGCUUGUUGAUGAUGUUGACCAAGACUCCACCACAACCCCAAGUGAAAUGCCACCUCCCUCGUUCCAUCGAGUGAAAAAGGCCAAAAAACCAUUCUCUGCGGGGUUAGGUAUUAAAAAGAAAGCCCCUCUUGUUUAA